AUGGAAAGACGUAAAUUAUUGGUGAAAUUGGGCAAAACGGGACGACAAUGCGAUAUUAUGAACCGAGAAGAUCUAUUACAACUUAUCGAUAACAACCGUGAAACUAGUUCUGAAAGUCCUAAACGACCUUUUAAAGAAGAUGAAAGCUUACAGAACAUAAGCGAUGGAUUUUGCGACAAAAAUGCUGUGAUGGCCGAUGAAGUUAUUGAACAUCUUAUAGAAAACCUUGAUGUGUCAGCGAUGACGACAAAUGAGGAUCAGUUAACUUCGCAAGAUAAGUCCCCAUGUUCUGUGUACUCUAGGUCGGUCACACCAGUUCACUCUCAAUCUGAAAUACAAAUUAAUUCAGAAAAUGUUUAUGUUGAUAAUAGAAAUUCUACGAGCAAAUUAUCGGAUACACCAACGCCCUCAAAAUACAACUCAUUUACUUCAAGUCCGCCGCGUCCAUUAUCAGAAUUAGAUCAAAAUAUCUGUUUAAUAAACUCAGGCAGGCCAUCGAGUAUGUCACUAAUUUCAAACUGUAGCGCAAAAAUAUCUCACGAAGAAAGAAAACUCACCUUUGAUCGUUUUUGGGAUCUCUGUGAUCACGAAAAGCAAUGGGUUUUUAUAGAUAAAUAUACAAAACAUUGUAUGAAACUAAGAAUUACUACAGAGAAUGAUUCUAAACGCCAACACAGUGUAAACUAUACACUUCCAAUAAAUUUAAAAGAAACCAGCUCUAGAACUGUAAAAGUAUGCAAAACAAUGUUUAAGAAUACGCUGUCGGUAAGUAAUCAGUUUAUACAUAUGUUGAUAAGUUGA